AUGGAACUCCUCGUUCAAUUGGUCUUUGGCCAGAUCUUGCGCAUCGGUUGCUAUGUGGUUGGUAUCACCUUUUUAGCAGUUUUUGCCAAUAUAGUCAACCAACAGUUCUUUUAUCGACGCAAUGAGCCUCCAGUUGUGUUCCAUUGGUUUCCCUUUCUUGGAAGCACAGUCAGAUACGGCAUGGACCCUUACAAAUUCUUCUUCGCCUCUCGGGAACAGUACGGUGACAUCUUCACAUUUAUCCUGUUAGGCAAGAAAACGACCGUCUACCUUGGAACAGAAGGAAAUGAAUUCAUUCUUAAUGGAAAGCUUAAGGAUGUGAAUGCGGAAGAAAUCUACGGCAAAUUGACGACGCCAGUCUUUGGAUCGGACGUGGUUUACGAUUGCCCAAACUCCAAGUUAAUGGAGCAGAAGAAGUUCGUCAAGUUCGGCCUUAGCCAAGAAGCCCUAGAGUCAUACGUCCCCCUGAUCGAACAAGAAGUCGAACAAUACAUCAAGACAUCUGGAAAAUUCAAAGGCCCAUCAGGAACAAUUGACCUUGCAGCCUCAAUGGCCGAGAUAACCAUCUUCACAGCAGGCCGAGCACUACAAGGCGACGAAGUCCGCGCAAAGCUAACCUCUGAAUUUGCGGACUUAUUCCACGACCUUGACCUCGGGUUCUCACCCAUAAAUUUCAUGCUACCCUGGGCCCCUCUCCCUCACAAUCGCAAACGCGACAUUGCUCACGCGCGCAUGCGUGAAAUCUACCUAGGAAUUAUCAAAACCCGCCGUCAACAGGCCUUUGAUGGUGAAAAGGGACCUCAGGCGAAAGACAUGAUCGGCAACCUCAUGAACUGCGUAUACCGCGACGGAAACCCAAUUCCAGAUAAAGAAAUCGCACACAUGAUGAUCACGCUAUUGAUGGCGGGUCAGCACUCCUCAUCUGCGAUUAGCUGUUGGAUCAUGCUAAGACUAGCAUCCCAACCCGAGAUGGCAGAGAAGUUAUACCAAGAACAACUGAAAGCUCUGGACUGUGAUGAGAAUUCUCUUCGACCGCUACAGUACCGUGACAUGGAGAAUAUGCCUCUUUUGUCGAAUACUAUCAAGGAAACUCUCCGUAUUCACUCAUCUAUUCAUACGCUUAUGAGGAAGGUGAAGAAUCCUUUACCUAUCCCCGGAACAAUUUAUGUUAUCCCAACAACGCAUACUCUCCUCUCUUCACCGGGUGUGACAGCGCGCGAUGAGCGGUAUUUCAAGAAUGCGAUGGUCUGGGACCCGCAUCGAUGGGAAUCUUGCAUCGAAGCCGAAGAUGAUGAGACAGAUACAGUGGACUAUGGAUACGGUGCCGUUUCCAAGGGGACGAAGAGUCCGUACUUGCCUUUUGGAGCGGGAAGACAUCGUUGCAUUGGAGAGAAGUUUGCGUAUUUGAAUCUUGCGGUUAUUGUUGCCACGCUUGUGAGGGAGUUUCGGUUUUCUAACCCUGAGGAUAGGGUUGGGGUUCCGGAGACGGAUUACUCGUCUCUGUUUUCGAGGCCUAUGCAGCCCUCGACUGUCCGAUGGCAACGUCGACAUGAGUAG